CUAUUGUUCUUGUCAAACACUUAACCUGCAACUGCUGCAUCACCAAUGGGUAAAGCAGGCAAGAACAAGAAGUCAUUGAUGUUCGAAAAGAUCCUACGCCACCGCGUAAAGGAGACCUACGGCACCUCUGUACCGUCUAUCGACAAACUCAUCGACGGUCUCCGGGCUAAAUAUCCGGAAUACUGUCGUUACAGGCACCAACUCUUCACAAGGAUGGUGAAACAAACACUAGAUGUUCAUAACAACAACGACAAGAAGCGGAAAUUAAGUGCUAACUAUGAAGAAGACGAUGACGUUAUGUCACAGCCUUCAGCAAGCAAAAAAGCGAAGAAAAUUGAAAUUAGGGGUAGAGGAACUGAGCUACAAACAGAACCAUCAGAGCUGGAAUCAAGUAGUACACAUACGGUUUUGUCUUUCGAGAAUGAGAGCCAGCAAUUUGAGCCGGGGUUUGAUUUUACUAAAUCAAUGCUGCGAAACAAAUACAGCGGGUCAACAAUACCAAAAAAUAAAGAGUUAGAGUUGGAUCUAACGAAAUCAAUGCUUCGAAACAAAUACAAACCUAAAAGUGUAGAGUUAGAGCUUGUUACCGAUAGAAAAGUUGAUUUCGUGAUAGAAGAUAAAACUGUUAAGCAAGAUUUGGUACAGAAAGCGAGCAGUUUGUCUAAUGAUGAUAAUGGUGUUGGUACCGUUGGAAAAGAUGAUGGUCCAUUGUUUAAGGACCUUGGUGGUAUAGAUGAUGUGUUGGAUGAGCUGAAUUUGAAGGUGAUUGUUCCUGUAUAUCUUCCACAUGUACCUCGUCAGAUCGGCGUAAGACCAACAACUGGUAUUUUGUUACAUGGGCCGCCUGGGUGUGGCAAGACUACACUUGCUCAUGCCAUUGCUAAUGAGACUCGACUUCCAUUUUAUAAAAUUUCAGCCCCUGAGUUGGUCUCUGGUGUAUUAGGUGCAUCAGAAGAAAAUCUACGAGAGUGGUUUGCAAAAGCUUACAGAACUGCACCGUCUAUACUUUUCAUUGAUGAGAUUGAUGCAAUUGCUUCGACAAGAGAAAAUCUCCAAAGGGAGACGGAAAGGCGUAUGGUGACACAAUUGAUGAUUUGCAUGGAUAAUACUUCAAAAAACAAAGAUGGAAAACGGGGACAUGUUUUGGUGAUUGGUGCUACUAAUAGACCUGAUGCUCUUGACCCAGCUUUAAGAAGGCCGGGGCGUUUUGACCGUGAGAUUACUUUAGGUGUUCCGGAUGAAAAUGCUAGAAUCAAGAUUCUUUCUUUGCUUACACAAGAUAUAAAACUUGAGGGUGCUUUUGAUUUGGUUAAAAUUUCAAGGUUAACUCCAGGUUUUGUUGGAGCUGAUUUAGAGGCUUUGGUGAAAGAAGCUGGUGAGCUUGCUAUGAAGAGAUUUUUUCAUGGAAGAAAGUUGGAACAAAAUGAAGACCGGUGGAGGAAGGAUACGACUCCUGAAGAGAUGGACAACCUCAGCAUCACAAUGUUUGAUUUUGAGGCAGCUGCCAAGCUGGUUCAACCCUCUUCUAAAAGAGAAGGGUUUACGAGCAUUCCAAAUGUUAAAUGGGAAGACAUUGGAGGUCUUGAGAUGUUAAGAAGGGAGUUUAACGAAUACUUAGUCAAACGUAUAAAAAAUCCUGAUAAGGACAAGGCAAAUGGACUCAGGUUGGAGACAGGGUUUCUGCUUUAUGGACCUCCUGGUUGUGGAAAAACAUUGAUUGCCAAAGCUGUUGCUAAUGAAGCAGGAGCAAAUUUCAUACACAUUCAGGGUCCUGAGCUUAAGAGCAAAUACGUUGGGGAGAGUGAAUCGAAAGCUCGGAUCAUGUUUAGUCGUGCAAGAACAUGUGCUCCGUGCAUACUAUUCUUUGACGAGGUAGACGCUUUAACAACAAAGCGUGGAACAGAAGGGGCUUGGGUUGUCGGCGGGCUUCUAAACCAGCUAUUGGAAGAGUUAGAUGGUGGGGAUCAACGCAAGGGAGUUUACAUAAUUGGUGCAACCAACAGGCCAGAGAUCAUGGACCAAGCACUCUUACGGCCCGGAAGGUUUGGGAAACUUUUGUACGUCCCUCUGCCAAACCAAGAUGAGCGUGUGCUGAUCUUAAAAGCUCUUUCUAAGAAUUGGCGAUUAAAUGCUAAUGUGGACUUGAUUGCUAUUGCUCGGAGAUGUGCAAAUUUCAGUGGCGCCGAUCUUUCAAAAUUGAUGAAUGAAGCUGCAAGGGUCGCUUCUGAAGAAAACUUCAGCGAAAUUAAACAUGCUCAUAUUGAACAAGAAUUAGGGAAACUCCGGCCUACAGUCUCGGAUAAGGAAAAACGGCAUUAUGAUCGGUUGGCAAAGCGCUUCGGAGCAUAUUAAAUGCAGAGUAUGGUUUGUUCCACGUUUUAUUCGUUUAUCAAAGUUACCACCAACAUAUAUGCUUGUAGUUCGACACUCGUUUUAAAACAGUAGAACUUUGAAUCAUUAUUAUGCAUUGGUACAAGAUUUAAUGGUAUAGACUGAGCAUGACUCGUUUAACUUUAAACGAGCACUCUUCAGACACAAAUAUC